GCCGCGAGGCCGGGAGCGGGGUAGGCUGCGCCCGUACUUAAGCGCUCUGCCCGAGCCGCUGACGUCUUUCGAAUUGGAGACGGGGCCGUUCCCCUCCCGCCUCGGGCUCCCGCGGACGCGGCCGGGAACGGAGCCAGGGUACGAGUGUCUAGAAUGCCCAAGUAUGCACAGCAGCUUAGAGAUCAUGACAGAAAUCCUUGCAUAGCGGAAACAGAUGCCUCUAGAAAAUGUAUGGAUGACAACAACUAUAAAAAGGAUAUGUGUACUGAUUAUUUUUUGAAGUACAAAAACUGCAGAAAAUUCUGGCAUGACAUUAUGAUGCAAAGGAAAAGAAAUGGUGUGAAACCGGAGAUGCCCUCAGCAGAAGAGAGAAAGAAAAUCUUGGAAUCGGUAGAGAAGCCAUACUGACUACAAACUUGCGUUGUUUUACUGUUUUCACUGUACAUACGAAGACUUAACAGCAGCAGGUUGCCCUCUUGUAAACUGGACUUCACUGUUGCCGUAGCUUGGAUUAAAGUAAGCUCCUAAAUUUUGAAGUGUGAGCUUUCUAAGAUAGGACUAGUUCUAUUUUUACUCUUCCUCAUUGGUGUUUAGUGUCUCACUAGAAGACGUGGGUACCAACACAGCUUGUCCAGACACCUUGGAAGUAGAAGCUAGCAUGCUUUGAAACGCUAAAUGCUGUGAAAUAGUAAAGGCUCCUAAGAUUUGCAAUUCUAAGUUCCAACUUUUCUAAUAGUUGUAAGUUUUAAGGGCUGUGUAUGUUUAGAAAGACUAGUAGAGGACUGGUAUGUGCAAAAUCUCUUGUAUGUAGCUAUUCUGACUAAUAUUCUAAGCUUAUCAUGGGUAGUCCUGUCACUGUUUUCAUGUGUUGUUUUCAGUGUCCCUUCUUUAAAUAACAGUAUUCAUGAACUAAAAUCCCAAUUCCAGCAAGCUGUCAGUAAGAUUACAGCUCUUCAUUGAUGUAAGCAGAAGGUUGCUAUAAAUCAGAUGUCCAGGCUUUGCUUGGUACAAGGUUAGAGAGGUUGGUGAAGAUGAAACUGAACUAGUCUCAGCUGAAUAGUACCUUUGGUGGAUAGUAAAUAGAUACUUGGCUGUUGGAGGGGGUUGGGGACUUUGUAGGCAUGUAAACAUGCACUUGGAGUGACAUAGCAGGUUUAACUAUAGUACAUCUAUCUAAGACUCUGGACAGCUGAAGCCCUGGGUUUGGAAAUGCUUACUCAUACAAGACUACAAAGCUCGGUUUGAAUAGGCUACUCCAGUCUUACUUAAAACUGAUUCCUUAUCUAAACUGGGCAACUAGUAAGAGUAAUCAGAUUGCUGUCUAGAAACACUUGUUUUCUUUACCUUCAGUGUUUUCUAAUGUCCUGGCUACCUCACACCCUGUGGUAAAAUGGAAAAACCACUGUCAUGAGCUCAAGUUCCAUGUGAAAACCUUUUAAGACAUACUGCGAUUAAGUUGGCAGAACUCUGGCUGACCUCUUGGAGGAUGGUGUAAAAGUGUUGUCUCUAUUUAGACUGUUUUGGAAAGACUUCAUAGCUUCCUGUUUUUCCCUCUGUCUGGCUUGUCUCAUUGCUUUCCACUCAAGGCCUAUUUCUAUGUUAGUAGCAGUUUUAUGCUAUUUUCACCUUCCCCCUUGCCAUUUGACUGGCUAGUAACUAAUGGGAUCUACUUUUCCUCCUGUCUUUCUGGCUGCUCUCCUUUUAUACCUGAGUUUUGAAGCGGGUUGAUCGUGCCCUUUUUGUUACUGGAAAGAGUGUAACUCUAUGCCUCUUGAGUGCGCAGUUCUCUGAGAAUAGCUGUCUGGCCUCCAAACCAUGUCAUAAGUUCUCUUGUGUGUUCCUGGCAAGGGAAGUAGACCUUCUUCAGUGAAGAUCAUGAGAUUCUUUAUUUUGGAUUAUUUUGUCUCUACUUAAAAUUCAGACUUUGCUGUUAGUGAUUGUGUUUUUGUUUGGAGCAGAGGAGAAGCUUCCAUACUGGAUUCGAAGGCUCUCCCUUGCCCACCGCGUCUAAAUUGUUCCAAUACCCUCCUAUUUAGGAGUUUUUUCCAGUUUGGCACAAAUUCUUCUGUGUAAUAAUUUGAACAUUUUUAGCCUGUUCCAAUUCCAACAUUUUUCUAGUAACUUUGUUCUUUCUCUGCUCUAAUGAUCUAGUCCUGCAAUGACUUUCUAAUACAGCUCUUCUUCCUGAAGAUCCCGUGUUCUCCAUGUGAGUGGAGAAUUCCUUGCUUAUGUUAGUUAGGCUUACUGGUGCUACUUCCUCAUUGGCCAUACUUUUAUUUAAUCUUCCUGCUCUCUGAAUUUUGGCUAGCUGGCUGUCUUCUUUUAUUGCAUCUCUGAACUUCUCUAGUCUUGCUGCUGUGCUUGUGUGAGUGCACCUUCUCUCCCACUUGGCACAAGUUUGUCAUUUGGUACCUUUGCUGCAUCUUUAGGCAUGGUGUCUUUGCUCUUAUGGCUUUAGUUACUAUUCUAGUGCUUGCUGUUUUCUUUUUGCUGCGCUCUGGCUCUGGACUUGCACUUAAAUCUGUUUUCUUGCAUGAGUUGAAGUUUCUUAAAGCUGUCUCACCCAGAAUCUUUCUUUCAGAUGUGAGUGUAAGAAUAGCCAUACUCCUAGUGGGUUUUUACAUUUUCAUUUUUUUCCUGCUAAUGUUUUCUGGGGGAAUUUCUGCUCAUUUCCUUCUCUUAAAGGAUGGUUGACAUGUGGCAGUUUGAGGUAUCUGCUAUACUGUGUCUAAAGAAAUAGGACUUGAAUUCAGAAAGUUAGAGGAAGAGAUGUAUUCCCUGCUGGAGCUAUUUCACAAUGCAAAAAUAUGGGAUUGCAGGGUGAGCUUAAGGCAUGCGUAAUGCAAGAGCAAUUCUCUAGUAUUAGACUUUCUGAUCAUCAGUGGACAUACAAGGUAAGCUACUUCCAGGCUUUAUGGCAAGCCUGAUCUUUUAUGAUGAAGUGGCAGCAGUGUAAGCAGUGACGUUAAGAUUGCAUUCAGGUAACAGUUAUCUGUUGUGAGGGAUGUUGCUUAUUCAGUUGUGUAUUGCACGUGCUUUAUUAAACUUCCUUCCCCACAUUUGUUCUAAAAAUAAUUCAAUAAUAUAAUUCAAUCCAUUAGUGAA